AUCUAAUAUACAUUGUAUUUGUCUCUAAUGUAUUGGUGAACACAGAUAUGCGAUGCGUUUAGUUUUUUGUGCGGCAUUUGCCUCGUUUUGAGACGGAUUCCGGAAUGUAACACGUGGUAAACAGGCUCAGGUAGUCUACUGCAUCUACGGCCUUGAACAGACAACCACGACAGGCUGAAAUAGACUACCAUAGAAGAGGCAGAGAUAGCACCAUGAUUUUAAUCAUUAUGGGGGUUUGUGGGUGUGGCAAAACCACAGUAGGAAAAGCCAUGGCUAAAAAGCUGCAGUGGCAGUUUGCUGAUGCUGAUGAUUUCCAUCCUGAGGCCAACAAGGUGAAGAUGGGCAAGUCUAUACCACUUACAGACGAGGACCGAAUUCCCUGGUUGACAUCCAUCCACCAAUACAUUAAAACGUUAAACACAGAAGGAAACAAUGGAGUGGUCACAUGUUCUGCACUGAAGAAAAUGUAUCGGGGGAUUCUCACUUCAGGGGAGGUAACUGCUGACAAAGGUGCUGAGAAGCUUCCUGUUCUGUUUGUAUAUUUGAAGGGAGACCGUGACCUCAUUAUUAAACGUAUGGAAGGUCGUUCGGGACACUUUAUGCCAGUAUCUCUCCUGGAUUCACAGCUGGCUCUACUAGAAGAACCAGACAAGUCUGAAGAGGCUGUAACUGUUUCCAUUGACAUCAGCGUUGAUGACAUUGUAGCGUUGGUUAUCGAGGAGUGUGAGAAACGUCUGAGCAGAUCCGUGAAAAGUGACGUGUCAUAACUGAGGCUGGAUGUUGAAAGAGUCCACUGGUGAUUGAGUGGGAAUAAAUGUUUCCAGGCAUGUUAUCACAAAUUUAUCACACAUGCCAGCGCAGUAUCACAUCCAGUAUAAACCAGUUAUGCUACAAAGGGAUGUAAGUUUUAGAUGCGCAGUGUAAGGUACACACAUAGAUGCACCUGUGACUCUGGAUGAGGCAGGGCAUGGUCACAAACGAGAACUGUUGCUUUUUAGUUGUUCAGGGACAAAUUUACAAAUUUACAAAUCUAAUUUAAAACAACUACACUGGUAAAAUCACUACUUACAUAUGAUGAGAAUUUGAAUGGAACUUAAACAGAAAACUGAAGCUCGAGAAGGCUUGUCGACAGAAUCUUCCCAUAGUACUUCCUGGCUUCUUUAGCAAUGAUUCUUUCACUUCUGAACUAUUUUUACUCCGUUAAUUGAAAAUGUUUACUCUAAUCACAGAUAAUGCCUGUAUAUAUCAGCACUGAAGAUUACACAUUUGAUUUUUUAAUUGGUACAACUUUAUUGAUAAUUGUAAUUUGUUUUGUUCAGAUAAACAGUAUAUGGGUGAUGGUGACCACAUGAAUUAAUUCACCUGUACACGUCAUGAACCAAGUUCAGACAUUUACUAGUCAGAUUAUGGCAGCCUACAUAUUCAAGAUCUUGGGUAAUAUCUCAACCUUACAACCUUUAAUUAUAAGGAGUGUCUGGAAAUAUGGUCACCCCUUCAUAAACACAAGAAGGAAGAUCUCCAGCCUGUUUUAAUAUUGUAUUGUCCAUAAUAUUUGUUUAAUUUAAUUUAGUUACACGCUAGUUUUAAUUCUCUACCUGUAAUAAUCUUGUUAUUUUACAGUCCUUCGUCAACAGGUUUUUCUAUAAUUAAAUUGUGUUUAUUCUGAAUUUAUAACUUAUUAAGUCAUUUUAUGCUGAAAUAUUGCCGUUGUGACUACAAAUCUUGACUCACUCACUGCAAGAGAUGACCUGAUAACAUUCAACACUGAUCAGCACAAUUCAAUAUUUUUAUCCCCUGCAACACAUUUUGCUAGGUUAUUAUUUUGGACUCUGUCCAACCGUCCAUACAAAUUCGUCUUUUCCGGGGCAGAACAUAAAAAGCGUUCAAUAUUUCUUUACCAAACGCACAUAGAUAGGCCUGGUGGUGAACUAGUGCCUUUUGAUACUUUUGGAUAUCUGAAUAAAACAUGUUUUGUGUUUCCAUGGCAAUUUGACUUUGACUGCAAUUGAUGUUGGUGCUCUUUUCCGAAGCAGAACUUUAAAACCAUACAAUGUUUCUUUACCAAACUUGGUACAUGGAUAGAUCUGGUCAUGAACUGGUGUCUUUUGAAACUUUUGGGUUUCUGCAUUUCCAUGGCAGUAAGUUUGACUUUCACUGAAAAUGGUGUUGGUGCGCUCUUUUCCGGAGCAGAACUUUAAAACCGUUCAAUGUUACUUCACCAGCAAUUUUUCAGCUAUUUGUGUCGAAACUGAAUUGCUGACAUGUUACAAGAGACGCUGUAUAUUGCAGCGUAUAAGGGGGUUUGGUACCUAGAAUUAGAGGGGUUUGAGGAGGCGUCGCCGUAUGGACAGGGUAGAAGAGUCACAAAUUAUUGUAAAUCUGACCGAGAAUGCAAUCAUUUAUAUUAUUACAAAUAUAUUUUUACUUUCAGCAUUGUUUGAAUGUCUUAUUGAUUUAUUAUUCAUGUUGUACCAGAAAUGUUACAUCUUUGACAUUGUGCAGUACAAUAAAGUCAAUGGAAUAUCGGA